GGGAGAGCGAGAGCGCUCUUGUGAUGAUCAGGGGGAUUGCUGUGCUGCGGUCGGUUCCCUUCCAUCUGUUGAAUCUACGCACUUGUUGGGUGUCCCUGGAUGCCGGACGGUACCCUCGUCAUUGUUCUUUACAAUCAGUUUCCCUCACUGAGCAGAACGACAGGUAAGACGCGUUGCACCACCAUCUUUUGGAGAGGUAUACGGCUGAAAGGACGACUCACCCCACAUUGCACCGGGCUUUGGCUGGAUGAAGCACGGAGGGGAGAAGGUAUCUCGGGGAGGAGGUGCCCACCAGAACCCUCUGGUCUCCUGCUGAGAACCAGGCACGGCCCAGGCAACAUGUCCACCCUUAAGAGCGACAAACACUCCUCUGAGUCCAUCUAUGACAUGGUACAACUGGGCACGGAGCAGGACACCGCCUUCUGCCGGGGUCUCCAUGACAUGAAUCCCCCGGAGGCCGUCCCCUCGUCCUCCUUCUCGUCCGCCUCCUCCUCCACCUCCUCCUCGUCCUCCUCCCUCCCCCCCAGCCCCGUGUCGCCCGCGCCUCCCGGCACGGCCGCCGCUGUGGCCGCCGCCGCCGCCGCCCAGCGCCAGCUCUCCCACGCCGACAAGCUCCGCAAGGUCAUCAGCGAGCUGGUGGACACGGAGAAGACCUACGUCAAAGACCUGGGAUGCCUGAUAGAGCGCUUCUUGAAGCCCUUGCAGAAGGAGAGCUUCCUCCCACAGGAUGAGCUGGACGUGCUGUUUGGGAACCUGGACGAGAUGCUGGUCUUCCAGGUGGAGUUCCUGCAGACCCUGGAGGACGGCAUCCGGCUGGUCCCCGAUCUGGACAAACUGGAGAGGGUGGAGCAGUUUAAGAAAGUAUUGUUUUCCUUGGGCAGCUCAUUCCUUUACUAUGCGGACCGCUUCAAGAUCUACAGUGCCUUCUGCGCCAGCCACACCAAAGUCCCCAAGGUUCUGACUAAAGCCAAGACGGAUCCGGACUUCAAGGCCUUCCUGGCCCUGCGGAACCCGCGGCAGCAGCACUCGUCCACGCUGGAGUCCUACCUGAUCAAGCCCAUCCAGAGGGUCCUCAAGUACCCCCUGCUGCUCAGAGAGCUCUACUCCCUCACGGACCCUGAGAGCGAGGAACACUACCACCUGGACGUGGCCGUCAAGACCAUGAACGAGGUGGCGAGCCACAUCAACGAGAUGCAGAAGCUCCACGAGGAGUACGGUGCCGUGUUCGACCAGCUCAUCAACGAGCAGACGCUGGACAAGAAGGAGUCGCGGGUGGCCGACCUCACCAUGGGAGACCUGCUGGUCCACACGCCCGUGACCUGGAUCAACCCUCCGUCCGCGCUGGUCAAGAGCAAGAAGGACCCCGAGCUGGCGGCCUUCGUGUUUAAAACGGCUGUGGUCUUUGUGUACAAGAACUGCACCAAGCAACGGAGAAAGAUCGGUGCGUCCCACCGGUCCUCUGUCACCGAGGACAGGGAUCCCGUCCGCUUUCGACACAUGAUCUCAACGGACUCCCUCCAAGUCCGGCCACUAGCCAACUCUGAGGACACCGCCGUGUGUGAGAUAGUCCACACGAGGUCCGAGUCUGUGGGGAGACCGGAGAGAACCUUCCAGUUGUGCUGCAGCUCCCCGGACAGUAAGAAGGACUUCCUGAAGGCGGUGCACUCGGUCCUGAGGGAGAAGCAGCGCCGACAGCUGCUGAAGACGGACUCCCUGCCCUCCGGCCAGCAGUACGUCCCCUUCGGCGGGAAGCGCCUCUGCCCCCUCAAAGGGUCCCGGCCCACCAUGGACCGAGCCGUCACCUGUGACGUGCCGGAGCCGUCCCGCACCCUCCGCCGGCGGAAGCUGACGCGGAACCGCUUCACCAUCGACACGGACCUGGUCCUGCACGCCGGCGACCACCUUGACCCCCCCGGCCCCCCGUCGGACCGGCCCCCCUCCACCUACCACUACGCGCCUCUGGCCCAGUACACCCCGCACCCCCCGCCGCCGCAGCAGCAGCCCCAGGCGGGGGUCACCGACCUCUGGGUGGAGGAGCAGUUCGACCUGGCCCGCUACGGCGAGGUGGAGACGGACGCCAUGGGCGGGCUGGUGAAGGAGACGGACAUCUUGAGCGACGACGACGAGUUCUGCAACUCGGUGCGGGGAGGGGGGUCCACCACCUCGACAGGGGGCGGCGCCGGACCCCUGGAGGGGAGCCUGGAGUCCCUGGGCCUGCGGGACGCCCCGACGCGGGGGGCGGAGAGAGUGAGUCGACCCGCUCGCGGUGGGGCCAGGGCGGAGGAGGGCGGUUAUCAAGGGGAGCACCGGUGUGAUGACGCAGACUCUUUCCCCCCCCCGGGGCGCCGGGACGUCCCGGCAGCCUCCCCACCGCUGACGCUGCUCGCACCCCUCAAGCACUGCGCCGCCGCCCGGGGCGCGGCCGACGCCGCCCGCGACCCGGCCUGGGCGCGGCGGGACGACUUUGGGAACAGGAGGAAGAACGACGUCUUCUGAGCGCGGGGGGGGGGGGGGGGGAACCGCCCGGAUCUGGGAAACACGAGGAGCGAAAGAGCAGUGGAAGAACAACAGGACAUCUGAAGAGGUUUACGACGAGAAACGGUACUUGUGUUGAUUCAGACGGGGUGAGUUCUGCCGCCCGGCCCGAGGGGACGAUGGCGGUAAAGGGAACCAGGGUACGCUCUAAGCUUUAUAGAAAACCAUUGAUUUGGACGCGACGACAUGAAACAAACUCUUCCUCCCUCCAGAUCUUUGCAAAAAAUAUUUUUCCUUCGCCCCCCUUACGAUCCUAAGACGAUGAAGUGGCAAGAAAAAACAGUCACAAUCGAACACCACACACCCCAGGACGGCCCGCCGACGCUGUCCUGGCGGGAGAAGAACGCAGGUCUCCACAGCUCAAAAGAGUACUCACCAGUACUUCCUGUUGGAAGCGCAGUAUUACCGCGUGUACAGGAACCAGCCGGGCCGCCAGCGCAUGCACACGUCACUUGCAUGCGAGGCACGUCGUCCACACCAGCCAGCAAGUCCAUAACCCGGCACAACGCAUUACUGCCAUUUCCAAAAACAAGCAUCCACAAAGAAAAGGUCUAUUUUUGAACACAGGAAUGUGGCUGUUAUUUUUGGGCUCUGCAUAAAGCAUCGCCAAUCUCUAUUUUGUCACUUAAAGGGCUGUCAUGUUGUUGACUAUCUCUACAGGGUUUUUCUGGCGUAAAACGGAUGUGUAAAAUAAAAAUAUGUCACUGUGUAAAAUAUAAUGGCACCGAGAUUCAACCCGCUUUUUACAUUUGUUGGACAACGUACGAAGUGGUGAGAUGAACAAUCUCAAUAAACAUGCUGUUCUGUUGGGCUUGGCGUAUCCUUUAAUGCGUCUGUGCUGUGAUGUUUUUGAGGCAAUAGCCUGUCUUAACCAUUGCUACUGUUUUUUCUAUAAUGUUUACACCUUGCUCAGCUGUCAGUGUUAUGGUGAAUCCUUUUUUGUUUUUUUCAGCAUAAUAUCAUGAACUAAUACAUAAUAAGCUAAAAAAUGUUUUUUAGCCAUACCAAAAGACUAUUUUCUACCAGUGGAAAUUCUGCUUUUCUUCACAAACUUCAUCAUCAUGCUACCCAUCUUAGUCCUGUACUACUUGAAUAUUAUUGUGGCCCAUUUUUGGAAGCAGGAAGCAGUGGACACCCGUUACUGAACCCAGAAGGACUAGUGCCAACUUUAUAUGUCGGUGGGCCGUAUACGGCGAGACAACUUCUUCCGAAUCUCAUUUCUUUGCGGGUGCGUUGAGACGAGGCCGCAUCCGAGCGCUCUAAUCACCGCGGAGUAACCGGCUGAAACGGAGAGAUAUUGAAACGAGAAGAAACCCAGCGCCGGGGCGGAUGAAAAACAAAACGCAACCACCUACUGUCGCUUUCCGCACUCUCUCCCCCCCCCCCCCCCCCCCCUUUUAUGCCCCGUAUCGUUCUAUGGCUGUUUGCCUCGCUCUCCCUUCACUCCGACGUGAUGUGACGUGACGUAAUGCAUUCCUUUUCCCAAAGCUCGAGUUCUAAAGUGACGCCUCUUUAUGUGCUCGUGAUCUCGAGCAGCACAUUACGCUCUGCUCAUCUGGACCCAGACGGGGGGCACUUGGAUCAGCGGAUGUAGUGAACCUGCACUUAAGUUAGGAAGUGUGAAGACGAGACACACACUCCCCUCCCCGGAGCACCCCCCAGCAGAGACCGGAGCAAGUGCUCCUUCCUUGUGCUUCUCCUUUUAAGCGUCUUUUCACUUCUCAAGAUUUUAUUAGGCUCAGCAGACCCGACGGGCCGUUUUGAGUACCCCGGGGUGUAAGGACUUGGACCCUCGUGAACGGGAGGUACCGUACAAUCACCGUGUUCGAAAAAAAAAAAAAAAAUUGUGAUGAGAACCUCCUCUGACUUUCCCCCUUUGUACUGUAAACUGUUCAUACAUGAAACUGGUGUAUUCUUGAUUUUUUUGUAUCUUAACAGAAAAAAAUAAAUUUUCUAAAUUUCACUCA